AUGGCUGUCGCUCAACCCACAAAGUCGAAGGCUGCUUCGAAGCCCUCCAAAGAUGCAAAUGCAAAAGCAAAGACACAGAUGCACCGCCGCUCAAGAACAGGUUGCUAUACCUGUCGAUUGAGACGAAAGAAGUGCGACGAGGGCACCCCAAUGUGCACAGCAUGCAGACACCUUGGAUUGCAAUGCGAAUACAAGCGUCCCCAUUGGUGGUCCAACAACGAUGCGAGGCGGCAGCACAAGGACGACAUCAAGAUGAUCAUCAAGCGCAAGAAGCUCUCGGAGAAGGCUUCGCAUGCCACAAUCCAAACGUCGGUCCCUUCACCACCAGGACUUUCGCACUCACUGCCCACCUCUGCCAGCUUUUCAGAUGGAUUGGAUCGCACGCGGUCCGCUUCAAUUGACUCGUCUUUUUCUUUCAAUUUCAACACCCCAGUGUCCAAUGUUCAAGAUUACAGCGCCUACCACACUCACCCGGACUACAUGUUUACCAUGUCACCAUAUGAAAUUGACGUCAAGACGGAGAGGCAAAUGUUUGUGGACGAUGUGCCUACAAUCCGAGAGUCGACUAUUUCUACUUUCAGCACUUUCCACACACCGCCGCCGCCGGGGACGGUUUUACCUUCUUAUCCUUUUGGCGGCGAGUGGACGGAGCAAGUCUACCAGGAGAGGCGCGAGUCGCUCACUGAGGAGAAUCUGAACUGCAACUUCUUCGACUUCUCUCACGGCCCGGCCAUGAACACGCGACAAGUGGACAUUGAACUGGACGAGAACGACCAGCGCCUGCUGGACCACUUCAUCCAAUACGUUCUGCCCAUAAUCUUCCCGAUUCUCGAGACGAACCAGCACGGCUCGGUCGGCUCAGACUUGAUCCUGCCUGCUCUGCAGAGCAACAAGGGCUACCUUCAUUGCUGCUUGAUGAUUGCUGCCCAGCACCUGAAGGCGACAAUGAACCUGCAGUCGGAGGAGAUUGACAACGACAUCAUGCGACACCGCCACCUCACAAUCCAGGCUCUGUGCGACGCAUUGAACCGCGACGAGAACCACCAGCAGAUCCUCGAGGCCGCCCUCGGUCUGAUCUUCUUCCAGAGCUGCGUCGGUCGCUACGACGAUGCGCUUCCCGACAUCGCCUGGCACCAGCACUUCCAGGCGGUCAACUCGCUCGUCACCAAGCUGGACCUGCCUCGCUUGGUUUCCGACCCAUCUGAGCCCCUGGCGCAGACGCCCUUCAACAUGACCAUGACCGCCUGGAUCGACAUCCUAGGGGCGACAAUGCAAGGGCGCGCACCCAAUUUCGCUCACACCUACCGCGAGAAGCACCUUUCCACCACCAACCCUUCCCUCGGGCUUCGCGAGCUGAUGGGCUGCGACGACCGCGUCAUGUACCUCAUCUCGGAGAUUGCCUGCCUCGAGGCUCUCAAGCAGGACGGCAUGGAUGACAUCAUGCUCUGCCAGCACGUUCACGCCCUGGGCGACCAGAUUGGCCUGACCGAGAUGGGCGAGCAGGGCCCCAAGAUGCCCUUCAACGCCAACGGCUCGCUGAGCCCCAAGCAGCUGAGCAAGAACAUUACCAGCGCGUUCCGCCUGGCCGCCCGCAUCUACCUCUGCAGCCUCGUGCCUGGCUUCUCUCCCAGCCAGGCCAGCACGGUCGGGCUCGUUGAGAAGCUUACCAACGUGCUUCAGCACAUCCCCUCGGGACCUGGCGGUUUCGACCGGAGCUUAUCCUGGGUCUACUUGAUCGGCGGAUCCGUCAGCGUUGCUUCUUCCCCCUUCCGCGCCUUCUUCAACGACCGCAUCGCCCAGCUCGGCGACGCCGCAACCCACGGCAGCUUCGGCGGCGUCAACUCGCUGCUUCACGAAGUCUGGCAGCAGACUGACAGCUACCAGGCGAGCCCCAGCGCCAAUGGCAGCACCGACGUGCCCUACAUCUCCUGGCGAGAUACCAUGCACAUGCGGGGCUGGGACUACCUGCUGAUCUGA